AUGACCGAAUCAAGAAUGAAGUGGGUGCCUCUCGAGUCGAACCCAGAGCUGUUUAGCAGCUGGUGUUCAUCGAUGGGACUGGAUACCUCCAAGUACGCGUUCCACGACAUCUACGGAACCGACGCUGAGCUUCUUGCUAUGGUGCCUCAACCUGUUGCUGCUGUACUGCUACUCUUUCCGAUCACGCCUUCGAUGGAACAGCUUCGCCAGGCCGAGAAUGCGACGGCUCAGCCCUCGCCUUCCGACUCUGACAUUCUGUGGUUCAAGCAGACGAUUGGCAACGCCUGUGGCACUAUCGGUCUUCUCCAUGCGCUGGCCAACUCUUCCGCUUCCACCGCGAUCAAGCCCGGCUCACCACUCGAUACGCUCUUUGAAAAGGCAAGAGCAACGCAAGAUGCGCAUGAAAGAGCCGACAUUCUAGUCAACUCGAAAGAGCUUCAGACGGUUCACGAGGCAACAGCGAGUCAAGGGCAGAGUCAGGCUCCCGAGGACCUGGACAAUGUCAUUUUGCACUUUGUCUGCUUUGUAAGAAGCAAAAAUGGCGAAUUGGUCGAAUUGGACGGCUCCGGCGGAAGGAAAGGCCCCAUCAAUAGGGGGAAGAAGGUGGCUUCUCAGCAGGAUUUGCUGCCGGUGGCAGUGGAUUAUGUCAAAGACAACUACAUGGCACUCAAUCCGGAAGAGGUCAACUUCAACCUCAUCGCAUUGGCGCCUUCUUUCGACUAG